GUCAAACCCACAGCGGGAUCACAGUGUGUACAACAAGUUUCAUUCAUUAGUCAUUGUUGUCUCACAUCUGAAUGAGGAGGCGUGCAAAUGCUCAAUGCCCUUCUAACUGGCAGCUGGCAGAAUCUGUUACGCCAACACAACUCCAGGCUGGUUUAGGAGAAAAUGGUCAAUGUGGAUUGUGGAAAGGAUCUUUUGUUCUGUUACAGAAGCUGAGUGACCUAGUUGACUCUUUGCUUCAACAUCCAGACUUAACUGAUUGGAGUGACAUUUUGCAAAAGCAACUAGACGAAACAAGACAUGUACAACAUCCUAAUAUAUGUCAAAUUUUUGGAAUUGUCUCUAAAGGCAAUGAGACAGUGAUUGUGACAGAGUUGAUGUACCAGACUCUCCAACACCGGCUCACUUUGGGGCCUUUGCUAUCUGAGCAGAAUCAACUGUAUAUAACACAGUGUGUUGCAAGUGCAAUCAGCUAUCUUCAUAACCAACCACAGCCUAUAAUUUAUCAUUCUCUUACUAGCAAGAGGGUUUAUGUUUCUCGGGAUGUUCUUCAAGUGAAGCUCAUGGGAGUCGCUGUAGCUAGAACUAUCAGUUUAUUUCCUAGAACAAAAUCAACCAUGCCAGCACAGUUUAUGAUCGUUGAGGUAGACAGCUCACUGCAACCAAAAUUUGGUGCAGACAUUUCUGCCCUUGGAGUGAUUACCGCACAAGUAUUGUUAGGAAAAGUUGAAUGUCAACAGCUAAGUAUUUCUGGCAGUAGCUCACUUCAAUCCCCAGCAGUGACCCAUUUAAAGGAAAAUUUGGAAACAAUUUCAUAUCACCCAUUUUUUCCUUUAAUUGUCAGCUCAUUGGGUGAAGAAGUGGACCAAUUAAGUGCAAACAACUUUGUUGAACUGGCAUUGAAUGAAUUGACCAAGCGCAGCAAACGAGGUUUUAUGGAGCCUCAGAAUCUGGAUGAAAGAACAAAAAUGGGCACAACUUUACCUGCCUCGUCUUCAGAAAGUGUGUUGACUCGUUUAGCAAGUGAGAUGAGAUGCUUACGUUUGACUGUUUCACAGUUGGAAGACAAAGAAAGAAAGUGAAACCAUGAGGUCAACGAUUUGCGAGCAAGUAUUCAGCGCUUGGAUGAAGCAAUCAAGUCAGGCGUAAUGGACAAGCAAGGCAGUACUAAUAAUCCGUCACAUUUAGCAACAGUAGAGCUGGAAAAAGAAAGAUUAGAGAACUCUUCAGUUCUCGACACGCGUGUUGAUGCUUGUUUGACUACAGGCAAAGUUUCGGUGUUGUCUCAGAAGACGCUGGUACAUGAAGAUGCCUGUAACAGAAUUCUAACCAAUUUGGCUGCAAAACCGGUCAUUGACUGGACAGUUACAGCCUAUGAAAGCAUGAAUAACUUUGGUUUGAUAGGCCUUCGAUCAAGAAAUGUCCUAGCUCUGCACAAUGAUCUUCUUUACAUUGCUGAUAGAUGCUCCGACAACAUAUUGGUGUUGGAUGCGUGUAAUAUGAAGUACAUAUUCACCGCGAAGAUGGAUAAGAGGGAUGAGCUGAUAGUUGAUGGAUUAGUUGGUGUGAAAGAGGCAAUGUUCGUAUCUUUUCUUGGUACAGCUUCAGAUUCUCAUCGAUAUCUGUAUAGUUACGAUAUUCAUUCUAACUCUUGGAAGUUGGUUUCUAUAGUUCAGACGUCUGUUUGCAAAUCACAAAUGACUGCUGUUGGAGACGUGAUUGUCUUUGUAGGAGGACAGGAUCGAAAUUCUUCAGUGCCUUGUCAUUCAGCUAAUGUUACUAUGUUUGACAUCAGGAAACAAGAGUGGGCACAACUAGAUUGCAUGCCAACUGCUAGGCAGGCACCAUCAUGUGCAGUUUAUAACGGAGAAGUAUACGUGGCUGGGGGAAAAACAGGAUAUUCAUAUCCAUGGGGUCGUUGCAAUGCGUGUGAAGUAUUGUCUUUGGAGACAGGAAAGUGGAGGUCUGCACCACCUACAACUAUGGUAGGGUGUGCAAUUGCUGUUGCAGAAACGGGAACAAUUGUUGCAACGGGUGGAAUACAAAAAUCUGUAACAGCUAGGGAGCCUGAAAGCUAUUUGGAGAUGCUUGAUCAUCGUUCUGGCAAAUGGAGAGAACUUUCAAACCUUCCUAGUGAAGGUCGAAUGGCAUUCCACGAGUGCUGCUCAACCUUUAACUUAGGAAUUAAUAUCUUCUGUUCCGGAGGAAUGACAUUGGAAUCAAAGUUGUCUAGAGUUGUUCCUGUCUACAAUACUCUACGCUUUUCAUGGGACUCUAGACUUAUGUAGUCAAAUAAACUGCUGUUAGCAUGCUUAAUUAACUAUAGUAUUCUAAAGAAAAAUUGCAAUGAUUGCCAUAGCUUUGCAGACUUGGUUCUUUGCUUGUGUGUCAUUAUUGUAGAAUAAUGUUUCUUUUAGAAAUCAAAUU